GCGCUCGGACAGCAGAGCGCACAAAGUGAGACGGACUUCACUGAGGACUCUACUUGUUCAAAGAGCUACUGUGGCCAUGAACACGCUCCCUGAAAAAGGAUGACAUCCAAAUGUAAGUCUUCAGAUGUCUUGCCACAAAACCUGACUGCUGGAACCAUGACGUGGGAGAAGAACGUCUCCAAAUCUUCGCAGGACAGAACGGGCAACGGCGCCAGCUGUGGCUCAGUGUCCGUGUUUUUCCCCAUCGUUAUGAUGAUCACUGGAAUGGUCGGAAACACUCUCGCGAUGCUGCUAGUUUCUAGUGCAUACAGAAAAAAGGAAAACAAAAGGAAGAAAUCCUUUUUGCUUUGCAUCGGCUCGUUGGCGUUAACUGAUCUUUUCGGCCAACUGCUUACAAGUCCGAUUGUCAUUUCUGUGUACAGAGCAGAUCUGAAAUGGAAACGCGUGGACCCAUCGGGAACUCUAUGCGCCUUCUUCGGUGUGUGCAUGACCACUUUUGGCUUGUGUCCUCUCUUUUUAGCCAGUGCCAUGGCCAUUGAAAGGGCCUUGGCCAUCACUGCUCCUCACUGGUACUCACAUUACAUGAAAACCAGCGUGACCAAGCAGGUUCUGGUCAUCAUUUGGUGUCUAGUUUUGAUCUUUGCCUUAUUGCCCAUUGCUGGGGUUGGGCAGUACACUUUGCAGUGGCCAGGCUCUUGGUGCUUCAUAAGUACAGGUGACAAGGACAUAACGGGAAAUACGUUUUUUGCCACGACCUUUGCGGCAUUGGGGAUAUUUUCUUUACUGGUUACUUUGUCUUGUAAUGUUAUGACAAUUCGUGCAUUGGUUACACGUUGCAAAACGAAGUCAAGCUCGACCCAGUCGUCCAAGCAAUGGGAAAGGUUAACAACAGAGACUGUUAUUCAGUUGAUGGGCAUUAUGUGUGUCCUGUUGACUUGCUGGUCACCUCUACUGGUCCUUAUGUUGAAGAUGAUCUCGACCCACACAUCCUCCCAUCAGUGCGGUUCUGCUGCUGUAUCUCUCUCACCCAAGGACUUACAGAUGGACUGUAAUUUCUUUCUCACAGCCAUACGUCUGGCCUCGCUCAAUCAGAUUCUAGAUCCGUGGGUUUACCUGCUCCUGAGAGAGAUCCUCCUGAGGAAGUUCUGCCAGGUGGCCAGCGCAGUAUCCAAGUGCUCACUGGACGCACAGAAGGAAACCCAGAGUCCUCUAGAUGCCCUAAACAAAAAGGCCAUUCAGAAUGAUAAUGUUCACAAACAGUCCCUGAACAUGGAGAACAGUAACUUGAAUGGGGGCCAAGAGGAACAGUGACAGUUGUGCAAAAACGGAAUAGGAAUAAAACAAGGAAUAAAAUGACAAAGGGUAUACCCCAUGAUCAGAAAAAUGAUUAGGUGGAAACUUUCUGUGGAUUGGUUCAUUGAUGUAGGUCGAUGUCAUCAGCAUUCUACCGCAAACCCAUCACUUUUUUGUGUCACUGUCACAGUCAACACAUUCAUUUUGUUCAGAGUCACUCGGCGACCUUUGAAGUGAAACAAAAUGGCAAGACCUUAAAAUAAUGACAUAUGCAGGGUUCCCACUGACAUGAAAAUAUCAUGCAAGGUUUAAAAAAAAUACACAAGUUAAGAUGACAUUUUUGAGUGGUGCAUUAACAUUUAUGUUCAGCUUGUAAUUAUUUCAUAGAAAAAAAUAUUUUACAUAAAAACAAUGGAAACAAAUUGUUCAAAAGAUCUGGGGAUCUACAACAGCAAUAUUGGCAAAUUAGAUUUAGUUCAAAGCAAAAUCAUAAACUGAUGUUUGCCAGCUCCCAUGGAGACUACAUUCAGUACAUUAUACUUUUAUUCACAUGCCAAGUGCAAGAAAAAAAAAUUGAAGGAAU